GACAAUGUUGAAGGUUGCGGGAAAUCUAAGAGACUGCUUUCUGACGAAAAUAAAAGACAAGGAAUUACUAUCGGCUUUGAAUAUUCAAAACAUUUGGGUGGCAAUAGACAGAACACGAUUGCAGCAGGACCAAAUAAAGUCUUUGAAAACGGAGUUGCAUGCCUGUCAACAAGCAGGAGAGGAGAACCUCAAACAUCUCUUUUUCGCCCGUCAGAUGGCUUUACUCACACACUUGAAGUGUAUUAUCAGAACGUCAGAGGACUGCGAACCAAGUUACAUUUGCUGUACAAAUCUAUCCCCUCUCUGUCAGCUGAUCUGUAUAUUCUCACGGAGACAUGGCUCAAUGACGAUAUCAACUCUUGGGAACUUGGAUUUGACAACUUUAUAAUUUAUCGACUUGAUAGAAAUCACCUUACGAGCCCUUUUUCUAGAGGAGGAGGAGUGUUAAUAGCAGUUAAUAAAAAAUUUCGUAGUGUUCAUUUAACUACUAACUGUAAUUCGGUUGAAGUGAUUUUUGUUCGUGUCUUUGUGUAUAAUAUAUGGCAUAUUUUUGUGGCAUCUUAUAUACCACCGAACUCGAAUACUGAUGUAUAUAGGGAUUUAUAUCUUGCUUUGAAGGAGGUAACGAAUACUUUUCCUUACGAUCCAAUUCAUAUCUUAG